CCGUGUGUGCGCAGCACUGACUGUAGGAGCAGGAGCGAUGGCUGACAGCAAGCCGAGGAGAAGGUGGAGCAUGGACCGUAAUGACGAGUUUCGCCUGGUGCUGGUGGGCAGGACGGGGGUGGGGAAGAGCUCCAGUGGCAACACCAUCCUGGGAGAGCAGGCCUUCACCUCGUCUGUCAGCGCAGCCUCAGUGACCCGUCAGUGCAGUAAGAAGAGUGGUCGUGUGGGGAGACAUCAUGUGACUGUGGUGGACACUCCAGGUCUGUUUGACACGUCCCUGAGCCAGGAGGAAGUGGACCGAGAGGUGUCCAAGUGUGUGAACAUGUCCUGCCCAGGGCCCCACGCCCUGCUGCUGGUGCUGCGCGUGGGCCGCUUCACCCCAGAGGAGCGCGCCGCUGUGGACGGGCUGGAGAGGAUAUUUGGCCCCGGAGCCUGGAGGUACACUCUGGUCCUGUUCACACACGCAGACCCCAGCUCCCUGCAGCAGGCCCUCACAGACUCAGGGCCCGAGGUGAAGGAGGUGAAGGAGGUGCUGAAGCGUGCGGGGAACCGAUACCACCCACUGGACAACCAGAGGGCCGAUGACCGCUCCCAAGUGCUGCAGCUGCUGGAGAAGGUGGAGAGUAUGGUCCAAAACAACGGAGGAGAGUUCUACAGCAACCCCACAUAUGUGGAGAUGACGGAACUGUUAAAAGUGAGGGAGGAACAGCUGAGGGAGAAAUACGAGCAGGAGCUGAAGGAGAGAGAGAGGGCUCUGGAGCAGAAGUACCAGGAGAAGCUCAACAAAGCCCUCAACGAUGUGAACGAGCAGAGGACUCUGCUGAAGAGCAAGGAGGACGAGAUGGAGGAGCUGAGGAGGUACUACAAGGCUGCGCAGGGUCAGAGCCGCAGAGUGGCAGAGGAGAUGACCAAGAACGACUCACUGGACAACAUGAGCUACCACCGCACCCUCUCCUACCUCCCCCAACACAAACAGCAGAUGGACUCUUAAAAUCUUACCUCUUAAAAACUGUGUAAAAAUACAAAGAAAACAUCAACCAUGAUCAAAUCAAAAUGAUGAUAUAUAUUUCUUGGCAGAUCCCUCACCACUGUAAUGGUGCAGGCAGACUCAGGUUAGAAUGUUAUAAUGUGCAUCAAACCACAGGUGCUCACUGUGAUGACUGUGAUCUACGGCCGUCCAGAGGCGCGGGGGUGGAUCCCAAAGACAUUUUAUUAACUUCUGUGAAGUGUUUUGCCUGUGGGGAAGUGACUGUGGGCCACAUUAUCACUUCUGGACAUGUUAUUGCUUUAUCUUUGUCUGUACAGCAGGUGGUGGAACCUCCACCACCAAAUGUACAAAGUGCACUUUUAAAAUCUGUGACCAACCUAUCGUCAUCAUGAUUCAUAUUUUAAAUGUAAAUCUAAGAGGAAACAUUGUAUAUAGUGUUUAAAGGUGCUGUGAUUUCAACAGUUUGCAGUGGUUCAAAGUUCUUCCUCACUGUCAAGCUCAAAACUCAAAAGCUCAAAAGCUCAAAAGCUCCGCCCCUCUGCUCCUUGUCUUCACCUCCACUCCUAAAUCCAUUCACUUCUCCAGUUUAUUCCUAGUCUGGCCAGUAGAUGGCGCCUCAAAUCCAGGUGAGCCUAAUGUGAAGGGAAAACAGAAACACCGGUGAGGAAGUUUACCUGUAAAAUUAGUUUUUGAGUGUAGUUAAAACAAUGAAAAUGGUGUUAAGACCUGAAGGACACAAUAGUGUAAAAAUAAUCUGACCUAAUGUAUAAGUAAAGUGAAUAUUCUGUUUAAUUUAAGUCGCACAAUGAGAAGCUUUAAAUGCAAUUGGCAAUUUUAUUUAUUUUUUAUUUUUUUAGUUAACAGGAGCUUAAUAAAUAAUAAAAAAAUAAAUCAUAAAAGUAAUUUAAGUUCUUAAAAUGUUAAAAGCUAAACUGAAU